UAUACUAAUACAUAAUGUUUGUUUAUUAAUAACGAGAAAGUUCGUUCACAUUAUUGUGUUCAUACAUACCUUCAUAGCUUGAUUGAUGCUUCUUACUUCUUUCUUCAACUCUUAUUGGAAAUAUCACAGUAAGACCAUANGGCAAAAAAAAAAAAAAAAAAACAUGUCUCCUAAACACAAAAUCAUACAACAAGUUCUUAUUCUGUUGCUGACUUUGUCUUCAUCUACGUACAACUCCCAUGGCAAGUAUAUCCUGGAAGGAUCUGCAGUAUACAACUCAAACAGUUACAUAAUUCUAACAAACACCAGUAAGCAUUCCCACGGUCAAGUUUUCGAAAACGAAACCCGUCCCUUCAAGAACAGGUCUUUCAACGUCAACUUCUUCUUCGCAAUCGUUUCCGAGCAUAAGCAGGAAGCUACACAUGGUAUGGCUUUCUUUUUGUCUCCUACGAUAGGCCUUCCCGGAGCUUCUUACGAGCAGUACCUCGGACUAUUCAACAAAACAAACAACGGUAACACUUCAAAUCACGUGAUAGCUUUCGAGUUAGAUGUACAUAAAGACGAUGAGUUUGGAGAUAUUGAUGAUAAUCAUGUUGGGAUUAACAUUAAUGGUUUGAGAUCUGUUGUCUCUGCCUCUGCUGGUUACUAUGAUGAUAAAGAUGGCAAGUUUAGAAACCUUUCUUUGAUCAGUGGAAAGGUGAUGAGGCUUUCGAUCGUUUAUAGUCAACCAGAUACGCAGCUCAAUGUCACCUUAUCCCCUGCUGAAUUCAUUGUUCCUCCCAAGAAUCCACUUUUGUCUUUGAACAUAGAUCUCUCGCAGUAUUUAUUGGAGGGUGCGUAUACUGGCUUCACGGCAUCCACGGGAUCCAUUAGAACACUCCAUUAUAUGUUAAUUAUGCAUUCUGAUGAAGGAGCACACUCUCCACCGUUUGAGUAUGGCCGAGUCCCUAUCAUUCCUCCAUUUCCAAAGGAAGCGUCUCAUAGAACAAGGACCAUUUUAGCGGUUUUCUUGACGUUGGCUGUGCUCGCUGCGUUCAUCGCCUCGGGGAUUGGUUCUGUCUUCUAUCUGAGGCAUAAGAAGGUUAUAGAGGUUCUUGAGGAAUGGGAGAUUCAAUGUGGACCUCAUAGGUUUUCUUAUAAGGAGCUUUUCAAUGCCACAAAGGGUUUUAAGGAACUUCUCGGGAGAGGAGGGUUUGGUCAAGUCUAUAAAGGAACACUUCCAGGUUCCGAUGCAGAGAUUGCUGUGAAGCGGACUUCUCAUGAUUCAAGACAAGGGAUGAGUGAGUUUCUAGCCGAGAUAUCGACCAUUGGUCGUCUCAGACAUCCAAACCUAGUCAGGCUUUUGGGGUAUUGUAAGCAUAAAGAGAACCUCUACUUAGUUUAUGACUUUAUGCCUAACGGAAGCCUUGACAAGUAUAUCCGUAGCAACCCUAAUGAGAAUCAAGAACGGCUUACUUGGGAACAACGUUUCAAGAUCAUCAAAGAUGUUGCGUCUGCUCUACUCCACCUGCAUCAGGAAUGGGUGCAAGUCAUCAUUCAUAGAGAUAUCAAACCGGCUAAUGUCCUAAUCGACCAGGACAUGAAUGCUAGGCUUGGAGACUUUGGACUGGCAAAGCUGUAUGAUCAGGGAUUUGAUCCUAAGACAUCUAGAAUAGCGGGAACGUUGGGGUAUAUCGCACCAGAGUUUAUAAGAACGGGAAGAGCAACUACAAGCACAGAUGUUUACGCCUUUGGGUUGGUUAUGCUUGAAGUCGUUUGUGGUAGAAGACUGAUUGAACAACGUGCAGAGGAAAAUGAAGAAGUUCUUGUGGAUUGGAUCUUAGAGCUUUGGGAAGAUGGGAAACUUUUCGAUGCAACAGAGGAAAGUAUCCGUCAAGAACAAAACAGGAAAGAAAUUGAGCUUGUUUUGAAACUCGGCGUGUUGUGUUCUCAUCAAGCUGAAACGAUUAGACCGGAUAUGAGUGUGGUUAUGCGGAUCUUGAAUGGCGUCUUGCUGCUUCCGGAUGAUCUUCUUGAUGUGGUAAUAGAAGAGAAAUUGAAGAAACGGCCUGAGACAUCAGUGAAAGUACUACUUGAUCUGAAUUCAUGUGCUACAUUGGCGUUUACAAAUUCUUUCGUCUCUCAUGGAAGAUGAAACCUGAAGGAAGAAUCUUACACACACACACACAAAACAGAGUUUGAGCAAAAGAAAGAAUCUCAUUUAUGUUAGAGAUAUGACAUUGAUUCUCAUUUAUGUCAUAAUAUUUGAUUGAUCUGUUUUUAGAACAUUCUGUAACUAGCUUUACCUAGAAUCUCCUCCUCUCAUCUUGUAUAAAUAAGGCUAUGUACAAUACUCAUGAAAAUAUGAAAACACAUUCUCUA